GCGAAUAUUAUCAAAGCUCAAAGCAGAGCCACAGCUCCAGGUUUAUGGCAACACAGGUCUGUCAUGGUGCAGGAGUUUCAUGUAGUCCGGUGUUUCCGCUGCCUGAGCUUCCAGGUGCAGCAGGUGAAGAAGGUAAAGAAAUGGAGCUGUAAGCUGUGUGGAGAAAAGCAGUCGCUGUUGAAGGAAUAUGGCCGGGGAUCCGGAGCAGACUGCCGUCGUCAUGUCCAAAAGCUGAACGCCAUGAGAGGAGCCAUGAUGGAAGAACAGGAGGCUGCCAGAUGGUCACUAUGUGGGCAGGAGGAGGAGGAGGAGGAGGAAGAGGAGGAGGAAGAGGAGGGGGAUGAUGAGGGGGAGGAGCGUACAGAUGAUCAGGUGAGACCCACUCAGGUGAGUCGAUGGAACAAGUACCUAGACACACCUGAGGAGGAAGAAAGCUUGGUGGAGGGAGAUGAUCUCCAUGGGAACAACAGCAGGAAGAGACCGAGACUGGAGGAGCCUGCAGAUGCAAGACAAGAUGAUGGAUGUUUACCUGCCAAGACUCUUCCAGCAGUGACAUCGGCUGCCAGCUGCGAUCAAGAUGGUUCUGGCUCCAGGCUGGGUCGCUUCCUCAAUGCUAGCAGGGGGGCGGAGUGCUCUGUUAGUGGGCGGAGUCAAACAGGAGCUGCUGCUACUAAGUCCUGCAGUGAUCACUUCGUUACCAAAUUUCCUGUGUCCUCCAUGUUUGAAAGCGGCGAAGAGGUCGACUUCGACGACUUUCUGAAUUUUUAGGUGUUUUUUAAAUUUUUGUAUCAAA